AUGAGAAGACUGGCCGCAGAUUCCAAGUAUCAGAUGAAACAAGGCUAUCAAUCAUGGAUAUUGCCAGCAGUCGCUCGUCGAGCUCUUAUAGAGCUCCAAGAAAUUGCAUUCGCCACACCAACUGAUGAGGAUGAACUGUUCUACAAGUCGCCUCCAACGUUGACCGAAGUUAACUACAAUUUCAUGGAAAAGCAAGAUAUUACGAUUGUGGCAUUCUUCGCUAGCGAAGAUUCGACAGCCUUCAAAGCUUAUAGCCAAGCGGCAGAAAUACUACGGGAG